UCGGGGCAAGGCAAAUUGACAGUAUGGCGGCGGAGUGCAGCUGGAAGGAUGCUACUGUCUUCCAGGAUGUUUCUAUCGCCGGCAGCACGUAAAUGGACUAUUGACGGCCCAGAAACCAGAGGAUUCAGUGAGAACGGCCUGUCGCCCUGAGCUCUGAACAUGGCCAGGCUCGCGGACUACUUUGUUGUGGUCGGUUACGAUCUCGACAACCGAGUGGAGGGUGAGGGUCAGGGUCGCAUUCUCCAGCGGUUUCCUGAGAAAGACUGGGAGGACAGUCCGUUCCCACAAGGCAUUGAACUGUUUUGCCAGCCCAGCGGUUGGCAGCUGGUUCCAGAGCGGCAGCCGGCCUCCUUCUUCGUUGCCGUGUUGACUGACAUAAACUCGGAGCGUCACUACUGUGCCUGCUUUACUUUCUGGGAGGGCUUGGAUAGUCCACAGCUGAAGAAGGUUGAUGCUGGCGAUGCUGACGAGGCAGACGAGGAGCCAGCUGUAGUUCAGCACUCUAAACUGUUUGCACCGAAGAGCCUGGUGGUGGUUUCUCGACUUGAUUACACCGAGGCGUUCAGGAACUGCCUAGGUCUGAUCUACACCGUCCAUGUAGAUGGCCUGUCAACGCCUUUAGAAACUGUGAUCGGAAACCUGCUGACCUGUGUCAUCCCUGUUGCCGGAGGCUCCCAGAUAGAUGAGUCCCCAGUUUGUAGUUUAGACAAAGUUCCCCAGUCCCCGGCCUGUGACUGGCUGCUGGCCUGUCUCCAGCCGGGUCCAGAGGAGAGAGAGGACAGUUUGAGGACAAUAACAUUAGGCGCUGGCGACCGGCAAGUUAUCCAGACUCCCAUCAAUGAUGCUCUUCCUGUCAGCGGCAGCAGCGUGGCCCAGCUCUUUAGGCAGCUUGGUAUAGUCAACGUGUUGUACCUGUUCUGUGCUGCUCUGACGGAGCACAAGAUCCUGUUUCUGUCCAGCAGCUACCAGAGACUGACCGACGCCUGCCGAGGCCUGCUGGCCAUCAUGUUCCCCCUCAAAUACAGUUUUACUUAUGUUCCCAUUUUACCCGGGAAGCUGCUGGAGGUCCUGAGCACUCCCACCCCCUUCAUCAUUGGUGUCAAUUCCUUCUUUCGCUCUGAGACACAGGAACUGUUGGACGUAAUCAUCGCUGACCUGGAUGGAGGCACCGUUACUAUCCCUGAAUGCGUCCACAUCUCUCUGCUGCCUGAACCUCUGCUGCAGCAGACCCAGACUGCCCUCUCCAUGGUUUUGGAUCCGGAGUUGGAAUUUUCAGAUCAGGCGUUUCCCCCACAGUCCAUGAAUCCUUCUGCACUAAAGAUCCAGGAUAAGGAAAUCCGAGCCGUCUUCCUCUGGCUCUUCGCUCGACUUUUCCAAGGUUAUCGCUGGUGUUUACAUAUCAUCCGAAUUCACCCAGAACCUGUAAUCCGCUUCCAUAAGGCGGCCUUCCUGGGUCAAAGAUCCCUGACAGAGGAUGACUUCCUGAUGAAGGUGUUGGACGGGAUGGCAUUCGCAGGCUUUGUAUCAGAGAGGGGCCCACCGUACAGAGCCACCGAUCUGUUCGAUGAUCUUGUUGCCAAUCACGUGGAGCGAAUACGACAAGAAGAAGCCUGCCCACACAAAGUCAUGAAUCAUGUCAAAGAGCUGGCAGAGCAACUUUUUAAAAAUGAGAAUCCCUACCCCGCAGUUGCAAUGCACAAAGUCCAGAGGCCAUCAGAAACCAGCCAGAGUACGGACCAGAGUCGGACUCCGUUUCCUGUUCUGGAUGAUGUUGCAGUGCAGCUCUUCAUCGAUCAUGCUGUUGCCAAGCUCAAGAGUUCACCACCUGUUGUCAAAGCAGAGCUCAAGAGCAUGGUGCCGUCUGGGCCUCCUCUGGGAGACAUUGUUGACAGGAACGGUAAUGUGAUGGCUAACAGCGCUCGCAGGCUGGAGGUGGUCAGGAACUGCAUCACUUACAUCUUUGACAACAAGAUGCUGGAGGCCAAGAAGCUGAUGCCAGCUGUGCUGCGGGCAUUAAAGGGUCGCACAGCACGGGUCUGUCUGACCCAGGAGCUAAAUCAACAUGUUCUCCAGAACCGAGCUGUGCUGGACGACCAGCAGUUUGACUACAUUGUUCGCAUGAUGAACUGCACUUUACAGGACUGUUCACAUAUGGAUGAACAUGGUAUUGCAGCCACUCUGCUUCCUCUUGUCACUGCCUUCUGCAGAAAACUGGGUGCAGGCAUCACUCAGUUUGCCUACAGCUGUGUACAAGAACACAUGGUGUGGACUACCAUGCAGUUUUGGGAGGCCAUGUUCUACAGUGACGUUCAGAACCACAUCAAAGCUCUGUACAUGGAGACAGAUGAUGGAAACCAGCAGGACCAACAGGACGGGUCAGGCAACAUAAGGGAAAUCAGCGCCUUGGAGCUCGCAGCUGAGCAAAACCGUCUGUGGCCAACCCUCAGCAAAGAGAUGCAGAUGGAGCGCGUGCAGAAGGAGGAGAGCACUGUGUUCAGCCAGGCCAUCCAUUACGCCAACAGGAUGAGCUACCUCCUGCUGCCACUGGACACCAGCAAGAACCGGCUGCUGAGGAGUUCUGGCCUCGGAGACGUGGAGAGCGUCAGCAACAGCUAUGUCACCAACAGUAUUGCAGGCAGCAUGGCAGAGAGCUACGACACAGAGAGUGGCUUUGAAGACGCAGAGAGCUCGGACGUGGCCAAUUCAGUGGUGCGCUUUAUCAAUCGCUUUGUAGAUAAAGUGUGUAAUGAGAGCGGUGUGACGAACGAGCACCUGAAGGCGCUCCACACUAUGAUACCAGAUAUUGUUCAGAUGCACAUCGAGACACUGGACGCAGUCCACAGGGAGAGUAAGAGACUGCCUCCGAUCCAAAAGCCCAAGUUGCUAAGGCCAACGCUGCUGCCUGGUGAGGAGCUGGUGAUGGAUGGCAUGCGGGUCCACCUCAUCCCUGAUGGCCGCGACGAGGCCACAGGGCAGAUGGGAGGGCCACCUCUUCUUCCUGCAGAGGGCGCCAUCUUUCUUACAACCUACCGGCUUAUCUUUAAGGGCACACCAAGUGAUGCAUUAGUGGGUGAACAGAUAGUGACUCGCUCCUUCCCCAUCGCCUCUCUGACCAAGGAGAAGAGGAUCUCUGUCACUCUAACCAUGGACCAAUUUGUCCAGGAGGGCCUUCAGCUCCGAUCCUGCACCUUCCAGCUAAUGAAAAUUGCUUUUGAUGAAGAGGUGGCAUCAGACCUGGCUGAGAGUUUCAGGAAGCACUUACACAAGCUGCGCUUUCCUCAGCAUGUCCAGGGCACCUUUGCUUUCACAGUUGGUCAAAGUGGCAAGCUGGUGUUGGAGCCCAAAACCAAGGAUAAGAACCAGUCAUUAAAGACGCUUUCCAAAAACUUGGUGAAGAAUGCAAAGAGAACCAUUAGUCGUCAGUAUGUGGGCAGGAAGAAGGAGGUUCCGGCCACCUGGGAGAACAGGAGCAACUUCCAGUCGGAGCUGGAUGAAGAUGAAAUCUCAGUCUCAGAGGAAGUGGAUCAGAGUGCCCUGACUCUGUCCUCUACCAUCCGCUCUUCAGACAGACAGACUAUGAGCAACGUUGUGGAGCGCGCCUGUUGCCGUGACUACCAGCGCCUAGGUCUGGGCACGCUGAGCAACAGCCUGACACGAUCUAAGAAUGAGCCGUUCAGGAUUUCUACAGCUAAUCGCAUGUACACAGUCUGCAGGAGCUACCCCGGCCUGCUGAUCAUCCCUCAGAACAUUCCGGACUCCACCAUUCAUAGGAUCUGCCGCUGCUACAGACAGAAUCGCUUCCCUGUUGUGUGCUGGAGACACUCACGAACCAAGGCCGUCCUGCUGCGCUCUGCAGGCCUUCAUGCCAAGGGAGUCGUCAGCUUCUUCAAGUCUCCCAAUGCGCCGACUGCAGUGCCGUCUCAAGCAGACUCCACCAGCCUGGAGCAGGAGAAAUACCUCCAAGCCAUCAUCAGCUCCAUGCCCUCCUACAGUGAGAGUACCGGCAGGAACACCCUGAGUGGCUUCACAUCCACACACAUGAACACCUCUGAGUCAUCUGAUAAGCUCAGGCAGCCGAAGAUUGGAGACCUGAUGAAGCAGGUUCUGGGCAACAAGGAAGACGUCCCUGGAACCUUCAGCAGAGGAGCACUUGGUCAAAAGGCGAAAGUCAUCUCCCUCUCUCAGCCCAAAGUCUCUGGCAAAGCUAGGAACUCUCCUAGAGGUAAAUGGGGCAGCAUCCGGGGCAGUGGCCGUCUAAGUGCCUACAACCCAGACAUUGGGACACGUUUGGCUGGGAAGGAAUCUCCACAGCCCAACGGAGGGCCAAACGAUCCAUUAUUCCUGCGCCAACAGAAAGCCUACCUCUACAUCAUUGGGGACAAGGCCCAACUCAAGGGAGGAAAGCAGGACUCGUUCCAGCAGUGGGAGGUGAUCCCCAUCGAGGUGUGUGAUGUGCGGCAGGUGAAGAACAGUUUCAAGAAGCUGAUGAAAGCCUGCGUGCCGAGCUCCCAAACCACAGAGCCAAACAUGAGCUUCCUGCGCCUCCUAGAGGACUCGGAGUGGAUGACUCUGUUGCACAGAGUGCUGCAGGUGUCUGUUUUGGUGGUGGAGCUACUGGACACCGGCUCCUCGGUCAUGGUCAGCCUGGAGGAUGGCUGGGAUGUUACAACACAGGUGGUGUCCCUGGUGCAGCUGCUGUCUGACCCAUACUAUAGAACUUUUGAUGGUUUCCGACUGUUGGUAGAGAAGGAGUGGCUGUCGUUUGGCCACAGGUUCAGCCACAGGGGUGCGCAGACGCUGGGCAGCCAGAGCAGUGGUUUCACCCCCGUCUUUCUGCAGUUCCUCGACUGUGUACACCAGAUCCACCUUCAGUUCCCCAUGGAGUUUGAGUUCAGCCAGUACUACCUGAAGUUCCUGGCCUACCAUUAUAUGUCCAACCGCUUCCGCACCUUCCUGCUGGACUCGGACUAUGACCGCAUCGAGCUCGGAGUGUUGUACGAGGAGAAAAGCGACAGGAGAAAUCCUCAGGUGUGCAAGUCUGUGUGGGACUACAUCGACAGACUCAACAAGAAAGCCCCCGUCUUCUACAACUACAUGUACUCUCCAGAGGAUGAGGAGGUCCUGCGGCCAUACACUUUCAUUUCCAACCUGAAGGUGUGGGACUUCUACUUGGAGGAAACUCUGUCUGAUGGACCCCCAUACGACUGGGAGCUGAGGAGCCGGCAGGAGAGCCUGGCAGAGGAGACAGCAGAGAAAGCUGACACCGGCGCUCCAAAGUCUCAGCGGCACAUCGUGUGGCCGUGUUACGACAACCUAAGCAAAGUGAUGCCCGACGCCAUCACCAAACUGCUGCAAGAUCUGCAGAACCUGGAGGCUGAGCUCGGCCAGACAUCGGAGAAGUGGAAGGACACGUGGGACAAAAUCAAGACCACACAGAGGACUGAGACCAAACUGGAAAGCAAACCGUCAUUCUCCAGUUCUCUGUUGAUGUCCUCCAACCUAAGCCACCAGCGGCGAUCCCAGGGUGUCUGCCUGCAGGACAGCAGAGUUGGAUCUUCCAUCAAGCUGGGUCUGGACUGUGAAGCUAGUGCCACGUCCACACCUGUCGCGGGUCGGCCGAGUACCAGCACACUCUACAGCCAGUUCCAGAGCACGGAGAGCGAGAACAGGAGUUUUGAAGGCAUUUUGUACAAAAGAGGAGCAUUGCUGAAACCUUGGAAACCUAGGUGGUUUGUGCUGGAUAAGACGAAACAUGAGCUGCGAUAUUACGACAGCAGGCAGGACAAAGACUGUAAAGGUGUGAUUGAGCUGUCGGACGUGGAAUCGGUCACAGUGGGAACACCUACCAUGGGAGCACCGAAAAACGUUGAGGAGAAAGCCUUCUUUGAUCUGAAAACUUCCAAGCGCAUGUAUAACUUGUGUGCUCAGGAGAGUUCAAAUGCCCAGCUGUGGAUGGACAGUAUCCAGAGCUCCCUGUCAGACGCCUAGAGGGUUGGAGCCCGUGCUACCAGGAAACACUGGGGGGCGCUGCUGUGCCUGCAGGAGCCUCUGCUGGUUAACCUCAGCAGAACAAAGAGGGAAAGGGGCCUUUCACCACUGUUCACUAGUGUUGAACUAAUAAUCUGAUGUCACAUGUUACAGUGUUUCUAUUAUAAAAAAGAAAAAGUCCCAGAAAAGCCAACUCCCCAAGUGUCUGAUCAACAGGUGUCUCUGGGAGGUAUCCUGCAGCUUGGACCAGCAUCACCAUCCUUCCAGACCCUCCUCCUGUAAACCAACACCUGCUCCUUCUGUCCAAACCCCACUCACACUUUAAGGAGGAAUGACGGAGGAGCUGGAGGCAGCCAAGCUGCACAAUGAACUCAUUAGACUGCCCAAACUAGAAUCUCAAGGACUAACUGCUGGGUUGAUGGACCAAACCUGCCCUGAGGAGCGUCCAGUCCUCAUAAAGCUCUGCUCUCACUGCCUCACGCAGCCCGCUGACGCUCUGUUUUGGCGAGCAUGUUGCUAUAGAGACAGUAGAGCAGGAGAGCUCUGUAACGGUUCAUGAAGGAUUUGUUUUUCUUUUGGAGUUUUUUCUUUUUCUUUUUUUUUAGGAAUCAGAAGUUUGUAUCAGAAUGAGAAAACUUUGCCUGUGGCCACCUGUUCUCCACAGGAGGAGACAUCUUGUGAAAGCCAUGAUCCAGUUGUGAAGACCAAACCAGAAGAGCCAUCUGGAGAUUCAGAAUCCAUACGUGUUUACAAAGUAGACAACGGUUUCUUUACUCAGCUCCACUCAGCUCACGGCCCCGUGCUUCUAUCCAACCACUGUUACCAUGGAGAUUUUUAAGGGAUGUUGAAGGAAAAAGCAGGGAUUUCUAUUAUGUCUUCAGAACAAUCUACAGGAGGUCAGGGAGAUGGGACAUGGAGGGAUACUGUGAUAUUAUGGGAUGUGUCAGAGAUAGAUUUAGGGAUGGACACAAAUUGUUGGAAACAAGUUGUAAAAGGAAAAUUAUGUCAUUUUAUAAUUUGUUUUUUUUACCACAGUAGAAUUGUUUCCUUGCACUUCGGACCCAGUCUGACUUACACUUCCCAUUCCUUCCCAUCAGACCGACAGUUAUUCUCUGUGCUUCUCUUACUGUGUUAAAACACAAAACUGAACAAUCAGAACUCCACUAAGCGUUUGAGCUGGGAUGGAAAUAGAUGGCAUAAUUUUCCUUUAACAAAGUGAAAGUGAACCAGUGUUCCUUUGCUCCCAAGGCUUCCAUCAUGUUGGACGUGACCGUGCCAGAGCCAGUCCACAGCAGGCAAUUCUGUUUCCUUUGGAAAGACGGCCCCUUCUCCACCCACAGCCAGCCACCAACCCACACGCUCCGGCCCACAUUUGUUCAACACAACUCCCUACAUUGUAUCAUACACUUCUACUGCUGUCUGAACAUAAAAUUACAAACUGUAGUUUAUUUGUGUCUAACAACUCAUUUGUAUAUACUACUCCAGAUUUGUAUGUAACAUUUAUGGUAGUAAUUUAUUUAACAUGUCUCCUCAGUAAAGAAAAGCACCACUUUCUUUUGAAAUUAGGAAUUCAAUGUGCCAUUUAUUUCUGUAUUAAUGUGACUAAUACUUUUUUUAAUGUGCAAGUAAAUUUUAUUGCUUUUUUGUUUACACAGUCAUUAUUACUUUAUACAAAUUGUUCAUCAAGAGUGGAAGUGGUGUGUCAGUAGGAGUCUCUGGGUUUGGUUAGAUUAUACGGUCACCCACUCACAGGGUCAUCGUCAUGGAGAACGUAAAAAAAAUGUCAGACAUCAAAUCCUUCCUAGUGCUAGGUUCUGUUCUGCUGACCUGUGGCAUCAACCUUGACCUGAGAAACAUCUAGCUCUUGUUUCAGGUAUUAAAUUUUCUGACAGAAUCAGUAGCUACUUCACUGCACUAAAACAAUGUUUGUUCUAAUCAGAGAAGUAGAAAGUCCUCUCUAAAGUUUCGGAUCCGUCGAUUGGGUUCAGCUUUGUAGCUUCCUGCUGAUCCAAACUGAAACAGUCCAGCAGAUGUUGACUCAGUUUCAGGUGAGAUCACUUUGCUCUUUGUUGCAGCUGGUGCAAAAUGACAGCAGAACAGAACCCAAUACUCUGUGUAUUACCCUGUUGUAGAGCCAUAUUAGCUUCAGUCAGUCCCAAGUCAAUUUGCCUCUAGUUUACUCCUCAGACAGCUCAACUAACCACAGUCUGACAGAAUCCUUUAUUUAUAUGGUUCAUUUUUUUGUUUAGAAAUGACCUUCUGAGCCGGGAUGUCAAUCAUGUCAGUCUAGUUUUUAGAAUCCAAAUAAAUACUGUGGGUUUAAAGGUU